GGAUUCUCGCCGCGCGUCGCAUCUCUUUUUGCGAAUCUGGCAUCCUUAUUUAUUUGCUUAUUUAUUUCUCCGUUUUUGUUAACUGUGCUUUGGUUCAGAGCGCUCAGUUGUUGUUUACUCGGGAGGACGUAGGGGAGAGGGAGGGAGUGCACACGAGGAAAGAAAGCCGUGUCUGCACAGAAUUGAUCGCGAACGGCGCUAAGAGGAGCAUGUGAGAGCGCUAUAAAGAGAUUCUGUUAAUUUUGGCGCGGAGAGAUUAUGAAAGGGCGGUGAUUCGUCUAGCUGAUAGUUUUGGUCUUUUUAGUCUUGAUUUCAAUAUCGCUAUUCGGGAGAAGUAUAGAUGGUGCUCCAGGAUGAAGAUAAUGAUUGCUGCUUGCGUUUUGACGAUGCGGAGUGAAAGGAACGUUGUGUCUGACGAUGCUCCAGCGUUUUGCGAACCUGACGAGGCUCUUUGCUACAUGUUGAAACAGGAGUAAUCGAACGGAGCUAGUAGUUUUCUCGUCGUCGAAUUGCUUUCAUGGUGCUUUGGCUUUUGGCAAGGUUUGAAUAAUAUUAAUUUUGCAAGGGAGGGAAUGCACGAAGUCUGUACGAUAAGAAAAGCCAAAGUGAGGUAGAAGUCGAAUUCGAAGAUCCGCCAACAUGAACGGCAACAACAAUCGCAUGCGGGUUGGAAAAUAUGAACUCGGGAAAACUCUUGGAGAAGGCACCUUCGCCAAAGUCAAGUUCGCAAAGAAUUUGGAUACUGGCGAAAGCGUUGCCAUCAAAGUCCUCGAUAAGGACAAGAUCCUCAAACAUAAAAUGGUUCAGCAGAUUAAGAGAGAAAUAUCCACCAUGAAGUUGGUGAAGCACCCGUAUAUUGUGCAGCUUCUGGAGGUCAUGGCUAGCAAAACAAAAAUCUACAUUGUGCUGGAGUAUGUGACUGGUGGCGAGCUUUUUGAUAAAAUUGUUCAUCAGAAGCGACUCAUAGAGAAUGACGCGCGGAGGUACUUUCAGCAGCUCAUAGAUGCAGUAGAUUACUGUCAUAGUCGGAACGUGUAUCAUAGAGAUCUCAAGCCGGAAAAUUUGCUCGUGGACGCAAACGGUAACCUAAAGAUCUCAGAUUUCGGCUUGAGUGCAUUACCUCAACAAUGCAGGGCGGAUGGUUUGUUACACACAACCUGCGGAACGCCCAAUUAUGUCGCCCCUGAGGUGAUCAACGACAAAGGCUAUCAUGGAGCCACCGCAGACUUGUGGUCAUGUGGCGUUAUCCUCUUUGUUCUUAUGGCUGGUUACUUACCCUUCGACGAGCAAAACUUGAUGACUUUGUACAAGAAGAUAUACCGGGCAGAGUUCACUUGCCCUUCCUUUUUCUCUUCUGGUGCUAGAAGACUAAUUAUGAAGAUUCUGGAUCCCAAUCCUAAAACUCGUAUCACAGCUGCACAAAUUUACCAAAACGACUGGUUCAAGAAAGGAUACUCACCAGCUAAGUUUGACAAAGAUAUGGAUAUCAACCUCGACGACAUUGAUGCUGUUUUCAGCGAGUCCACCGACUACAUGGUUACUGAGGAAAGGGGUGUUAAGCCACCCGCAAUGAAUGCAUUUGAGCUUAUCUCUCUCUCGCGCGGUCUUAAUCUCUCGGGGCUAUUUGAAACACGCGAACAGGAUCGUGGGCCACAGAAAGAAUCAAGAUUCACGAGCACGAAGCCUGCCAAUGAGAUUAUAAGCACUAUCGAGAAGGCUGCUAAGCCUUUAGGUUUCAACGUACAGAAGCGGGAUUACAAAAUGAAGCUGCAAGCAGACAAGCAUGGCAGAAAGGGGCAUCUGUCAGUGGCUACUGAGGUUUUUGAGGUCGCACCUUCUCUCUUCAUGGUUGAGUUACGAAAGAAAGGAGGAGACACACUGGAAUAUCAUAACUUUUACAGAGACCUUUCUAAAGGUCUUCAAGAUAUUGUUUGGAGAUCAGAAAAAGAUGGGAAUUCCUCUCCAAUAAAGUGAAGAAAGUUACUCUUCAGCCAAGGAGGCGAUUUACUAUUGCUUUUACAGGAAACAAGUUUUCCGUCAUUUUCUGCUCUUUUGAUAUGCACUGUAGGUCAUUUCCAGCCCGUUUUGUUUGAGAUCCGCCACACUUCUGGAUCCAUGAGACGUGAAAUUUUGUGUCCAAAGCAAGGUGCAGAUGGAGCCUAGAAUAAUUAGCCGAUGAUGCAUCGUCUCUGCAUGAGCCUUGAAGGUGAUAUAGCGGGAGAACAUUCGUAGUUGUAACAUCGCAGAUAAUUUCAGCGCGUUUUUCUUCAUCGUAAACCUUUUCAGAAUACAACUGUCGUUGACUAAUUUCGAGACAUCUUGUAUGAAGUGUAUUGACACAACUUGAAAAUACUGGAUGGUUGUCACCAGGACAACUUGAAUUUUAGGGUG